ACAAAACCAUCCGUUCCCCUGGGCUCUUCACUUUGCUUCUAUGGAACAAUCUUCAUCUCAAAUCAAUAUGUGAAGAUUUUUUCACAAAAAUGAAGCAUUUGAGUGUGCUAGACUUAAGCCAGACUUCCAUCAAAUCACUACCCAAGUCUAUUGCCAAGUUAACACAUUUGAAACUCCUCAAUUUAUCGAGAACAGACAUUGAGAAGCUUCCCAGAUGGUUUAGUUGUCUCUCAAAUCUCCGGUCGCUUGAUGUUAGUUGCUGUGAAAAAUUGAAAAAUCUGCAUUCAGACAUGAGCAAACAUCAGUAUUUGCUGCAGCUAAAUGUGGCAGGUUGCAAGAACUUGGCUUGGAUUCCUGUGGGAAUAUCCAAGCUUGUCUCUCUACGACUGUUGGGACAAGUUGUAUUCAAGUUGAGGGAAAACGCACCAAAUGCAUUGCAGUUGAGGGAUCUCAAAGACCUGACUCGGCUCCAACAUCUGUCAAUUGCAUUCAACGGUCGCUUAAACUCUCAAGACAUAAAAGAGGGGAUCUUUGGAGGCAUGGAGGACAUGCGAAAGUUGCUCUUCGAGAAUUCUGAUGAGAAUUCCAUUGUUCAGCUUCCCGACGACAUGGCAGGCAUGAGACGACUGGAGAUUCUUCAUCUUCACAACUGCGUGGUACCCUCAUGGAUCUCUCAACUUCACAAUCUCAUGCUUCUUCUCUUGAAGGGAGAUGAUUCUCAUAAUUACCAGGGUCUGCAAUUAAUUCCAAACUUAAGGCGGCUCAUCUUAGUGCAGAACAAGCAGUGCAAAGAUUUCCCCUCAGAUUUUGGGAACCCUAUGUCAUUCCCCAAAUUGGAGGCACUGAUAAUAGAAGAUUUUUGGCGGCUGCAAAGAUUUCCGUCCCUGGAAGAUAACGCAAUGCCAAUGCUACAGCAUCUUCGACUGGCGAAUUGCAUGCGGCUGGAAGGAAUACCUCAAGGCUUGGACCGGCUUAACAGUCUAAAAGAGCUUCAAGUCAUCGGCUGUGAAGGGUGCCACCACGAUCUUCAGGAAAAUGGCCAUUAUUGGCCAAUUUUCAAACGCCGUAAUGUCCAAGUGAAAUGCGGAUAGUGGGAACUAUGGUGUUGCUGAAUGUAAAAGUAGAAAAUGUCUAUUUACAAGUAAAACGGGAAAACCGGGAAUAAUGCUCGCAAUCGUAUUCUCUCCUUUCAGAUACAAUCAUUGUCAAAGUUAGCCAUGACUGUCAAACCUAAUCCAUGCACCCUACCGACUUCUUGCUUUUGUUUUGACCACAUACUAGUGUUAAUAGUUUGUUAACUCUGCUUUUUAUAUAAAGCGUGUU